AAGUAUAUGAUUUGUAUUCUUAUUAUAAAGUAUCACCCCUUUACCACAGUGCAGCAACUAACAUUUCCAAGAUUGUUCCAAAACUUACAAAAAAGACUGAACUUAUGUGCCCAGGACAGACAAUAGGAAUGGCAUCCUGUGAUGACUUUCUGGUCUAAAUUAACAUAAUCCAUCAUUAAAUCAAUCAAUUAUUAAUGACCUUGCGUAUCAAAGGUCACACGCUAUGGGAGAGAGAGCGGAAACUUCAGAGGAGGAGGCGUUUGCUGCUACAGGAUGUUUUCCCUCAAGAGAGGGUGUGUUAUCUUCAGUCACAGCAGCACCGUGGGAGGGCUUCAGUCUGAGGAGGAUGUGAUGCAGUACAGUCGAAGGGACGCACGCAUGGAACCAGGGCUGAUGAUAUCGGAUUAACGGAUCAGAUCUCUCUGCAGCCUACGGUCGAUGCAGUUUGCUUGAGGGCCUCGAAGUUUUGGGUGAUGAGGACAAGUCUCGAGAGCAUCAUUCUGCUGGACACAAACUCUCAAAAAUGCAAAAGUUCAAGAUGAGGGUUUGCUGGAUUUUCAUGAUCCUCCUGGGCUGCAGGUUGUCACAUGCAUCUGAGUCUAAGAGCUCCUGUCCCUGCGAUUACAAGGUGAAAACUGUCUGUGUACCUGCUGGAGACAUUGUGUCUAUACCUUGCCCAGACAUGAACGGUGAAGACAUGACCUUUAGCCUUCUUAAGAACAAUGAAGUGAUUUACAAUCAAACAUGCAACUUUGGAAAACCCACGUCCAACUGUAAAUUAAACGAUAGCAUGGGUGUGGCGCUGCAUGAGCACAACAAAUCGGUCCGUUUCAACCUCACUGGAGUGAAUGACAACAGCCAUGGACUCUACAGAUGUGAGGUCAUAGUCACGUACCCUCCUCCCUAUAUAAAAGAAGGAAAUGUUUUGUGGAUCCUGGUGCUGGUACAGGGACACCAAUGCAAUGUCAGUAGUCCUGGAAAACCUGCCCCACCUGUAGUCCCUGGACUUCACUGGAUUUGGAUUUGUGUGUCUGUAGUUCUCAUCAUCUACAGCACAGCUGUCACCAUCAUCGCCGUGGUCAACUACAUGAAGUUCAAGCAUUCAGAUUCCCAGAAUGACUACAUGAACACCAAACCCAGAGCGCCCAAGGAUCGCAAGAAGAAGAGAGGGUUAGAGAAUCCUAUACCACGACACUUUUGAUUACCUGUCCAUUUGCACAGCUGCCCCCAUAAGUUGUUUACAUAGAAACGGAAGGGGGGGGUGUCCUUGUAGUAGCUUACUCUGAACAGAACGUUAUAGUGAGUGACGUUUGAUUUGUUUUGUUUGGUGUGUUUUCUUGUAAUUAGCAUAGUUGUUUUUGUGCCUACACAGCAAAAGUAGCAGGUCCUUUACCAGUUGUGGUUGUAUAAAACAAUAAAAAUAACUUACCCAACAUCUUCGGUUUUGCUCACUUCCUGUCUCACUCACUCACUGUGUUUGCCUGUCACACAUACACACAUGUGAAAUUUGUAGUUGGAAACCCCUAUCUUUG